AUGUGGUCGUAUCUGUUUUAGUUUUUUGUUUGUUAACUGCCAAGUUUGUUUGCUUGAUCUCUACAGAGUAAUGCCGAUAAGCUACACCAACAGCUCAUCUUCCAAAGCAAGCUAUGACAGUGGGUGUGCCAAAGCUGAUGGAGACUUUGGGAUACCUGAACGAUGCUAUUGCGGCCUUCGAUGUAGAUUGGAAGAGUCUACAGCUCCAGAGACGUUUGGCAGGAAGUUCUAUAGUCGCCCUGAAAUAUUAGGCGAAUGUGAUAAACCGGGUCACAUCUCCAAAUGGUGGGAUGAAGCCAUUGAAGAGCAGCUGACCAUUCUUCAAAUACGAAUUGACAAGCAGAGCGAAAGCAUGUUCCGUGACAACCGAACAGCCCUUCUGCAAUCAUAUGAGAAUCGGCUGUAUGCAUUGGAGGAUCGCCUUGCUGCAACCGAGAAGACCAUUAGCGAGAUCGAGGAGUUCAUAGGAUACAUUCAGAGUGAAAUUGCUGGAGUGAAAGAAGCACUUGCUAAUCGAGGUUCUGAUAUCCUACUUUGUGUUUUUUUAGUUAUUUUUGCAGUAAUCUCUUGUGUUUUCAUGCGUUGGGAUGUAGAAUAGAGGACCAAGAGACUUGUGUAACC